CUUUGCCUGCCAGGGCGUCCCAUCGCACCUACCUCGCUGGACACUUGGUGUCCCCUUGCUGUCGCUCUUACCUGCCUGAGCCAUUGGGCUGCAGGGCCACGGAGAGAGCCACCUGAAUGCGGGGGGAGGGACUGAAAUGGACUCAGUGGUCUUUGAAGACGUGGCUGUGAACUUCACCCUGGAGGAGUGGGAACUGUUGGACCCUGCUCAGAGAAAGCUCUACAGAGACGUGAUGCUGGAGACCUGCAGGAACCUGGCCACUGUGGGUUCUUGCCCGCAAGUUAAGGUCAAUAUAUCAAGUCCUCAGUGGGAUAUUUUGGAGACUGGACUGUGCAUUGAACGGGAAGUUGUAAGAUUCACAAGAAAUGACUCUAGGUCUGUUUUGGGAGAAAACUGGGCAUUUCAUAACCCGCAAGAUCAGCAUCUAACUGAGGAAAGGCAUGUGAGAAAUCAUUUGGUGGAAAGUCUCUGUGAAGGUAAAGAAGAUCAUCAAUCUCUAAAAACUCCAAACAGGAUUAUAGAUCUUACUGUGCAUGAGAGUUAUCAGAUUAAAAUUCAGCCUCAUCAAUGUAUUACAUGUGGAAAAGCCUUCAGGGAUCAUUCCUUGAAGAAGAAUCAGCAAAAGUCUCACACUGGACAAAAACCUUAUACAUGUGAGGAAUGUGGACAAACCUGCAGCUGUGUCUUGUGCCUCAGCCCUGCUGGGGAAACAGACUUUAUAGAGAAACCUGAUAAAUGUCAAGAUGCUGGGAGAGCAUCUAAGAGAUGCAUGAAGAGUCACAGUAGUAAACAGUCCUUAGACUGUAAAAAAUCUGGAGAAGCUCUCACUUUUCAGGGACAUAAGAGAGGUCAAUAUGGCCAGAAAAUCUAUGUGUGUGACGUGUGUGGGAAAUCUUUCAGUUAUUAUUGCCAACUUAAACGGCACGUGAGAACUCACACUGGAGAGAAACCCUACAAAUGCAAAGAAUGUGGGAAAGCUUUUACUGGCAUCUCACACUUCCGAGAACAUGUGCGAAUGCACACUGGAGAGAAGCCCUAUGAGUGUAAGCAGUGUGGCAAGGCUUUCAGCUGGUGCACUUACCUUCGGGAACACAUGCGAACACACAGUGGAGAAAAGCCCUAUGAAUGUAAGCAGUGUGGCAAAGCUUUCCCCUAUCUCAAAUCCCUGCAAGGACAUGUGAGGAUACACACAGGAGAGAAGCCUUAUGUGUGUAAUGAUUGUGGGAAAUCCUACAGUUGUCCUAAGUACUUCAGAAAACAUGUGAAAACACACAGUGGAGUAAAACCCUAUGAGUGUACAGAAUGCAGAAAAGCAUUCAUCACUUCUUCAUCCCUUCGAGAACACAUGAAAACACACAGUGAAGAGAAGCCUUAUCAGUGCCAGCAGUGUGGGAAAGCCUUCAGGUAUCCGAGAUCUUUGCAAGGACACAUGAUAACUCACAGUGAAGAGAAACCGUACGAAUGUCAGCAGUGUGAAAAAGCCUACAGGUGUCUCAUAUCCCUGCAGAGACACACAAAGACGCACACUGGAGAAAAAUUCUGAAUACGAAGACUGGUGGGAAAGCCUUCUCCCUUAAAAGCUUAUAAAUGAAGCAGUCAAGGGGGAGAAACAUUAUGAAUGGAAAGAAUGCAGGGAAAGCCUUCAGCACUUCAUUUAUUUUGUACUUGAAAACUCAGGGUAGGGUGAAUUUUUUUAAUGGAAAUAAAUAUGGUUUUUCCUUAUAAGUGCCUCAUCUUGAAUAGGGAUCCCACGGUAUUAAUUUCUAGUUUGUGUUGCUGAUCUGAACACUUAAGAUAAUAACCAUCCCUCUAUGUUCCCAUCGUCUUUACUACUUGUGUGUUGUUACCCUGGACAUUAAAUACACAGUUAUAUACUACAUGUCUCAAUGUCAUUACAAUGUCUUUUGAACCCAGAGUGAAAGUCUUUUUUUUUUUUUUUCUGAUUUGUGUUUUUUUCUAUGUGGUAUCAGUUUAGAUGAAAAUAUUUUUGAUCUUUACUUUGCCAAAUGUUCAUAGUAUGUGAUCAUAAUAUGAUCAUAAUAUUGUUGAAAAGUAUUUUCUCAUCCACUGUUAUAGAUACUGGAAUUUCCUGACUCAGUAUUUGUCCUCUUCUGGAGUUUUUAUACUGAAAGGUAUAUAUCUUCUAUGUUUCCUUUUUGCUAGUGGAUACUAUAUCUGUGUUACUCACAGUUCAGUUCAGUCACUCAGUCGUGUCCGACUCUUUGAGACCCCAUGAAUCGCAGCAUGCUAGGCCUCCCUGUCCAUCACCAACUCCUGGAGUUUACUCAAACUCAUGUCCAUUGAGUCAGUGAUGCCAUCCAACCAUCUGGAUGGCAUGGAUGGAUCCAGCCUCUGUCAUCCCCUUCACCUCCUGCCCCCAAUCCCUCCCAGCAUCAGGGUCUUUUCCAAUGAGUCAGCUCUUCACAUGAGGUGGCCAAAGUAUUGGAGUUUCAGCUUCAGCAUCAGUCCUUCCAAUGAACACCCAGGACUGAUCUCCUUUAGGAUGGACUGGUUGGAUCUCCUUGCAGUCCAAGGGACUCUCAAGAGUCCUCUCCAACACCACAGUUCAAAAGCAUCAAUUUUUUGGCGCUCAGCUUUCUUCACAUUCCAACUCUCACUUCCAUACAUGACCACUG